AUUUUGAUGAUAACAGUCAUAGAAAGUAGAAGCAUUCCGACAUAGUUAAAAUCACAUUCAUUUGAUUGAAUAUGGGUUGCUUUUGGUCCAGUGAGUGUGAUUCUCGGGAACGAUGUCAGCAUUGCAAUAGAACAGUCGACGUCGCCCAAAACACAAGGGCUGUUAAUAAUUUGAUUGUCGUUAAUCAAGUUUGUGAAAUUUGUACAUACAAUUCAUCGAAACAAACGAGUACACCACAUAGUUCGGGAAGGAACAAGCCUUGCUUCGGUAAAUACAUUUGUGUUUGCGGAAAUGCUUGGAGCAGUCGCAAAUCAUGGCCCCAAAAAUAUCAAAUCUGUACACGAUGCCGGAAGAAGGUGUACGCUCGCACUCAAAGACCCUUACGUUCUUCUGACUGGACAAAUAAUAAGAAUUCUCGAGAUCAUCUGAGUAAUUUGUGUCAGAUGUGUCAAGAAUUGGGAUACGAUUGUGGAAAGUUAUUUGAGAUCUAAAAUACAAAAUGACUGCUUUUUUUUAAAUUU